UCGGUGGGUGCCGCUGGGCGACGCUCCACGGACAAAUCGAAACGGGGAUUCGAAAGCUUCUCUUUUUUCUCUCUCGAAACUCCAACAAAUCUCUCUCUCUCUCGAAUCCCUCGAUCUUUUUUUCCUUCUCUUUCCUUUCCCCAAGUCGCUCUUCCUCGACUGAGAGAAGAGAGUAGGAGAGAGACAUGCCGCGUUCAAAUGCGGUGGAGCAAGCGAAGGAGAAAUAGAGGAAGAGGUUCCGUUGAAAAAAUAAAAAAUAAAGAAAGAGGGAGAGAAAAAAAAAGAGGGAGCGAGCUGUAUAUAAAAGGGGGCGAGAGGGAGUGAUCUCGGGUGGGGAGAGGAGAGAGGAGCGAGGGAUAGAAUGCCGGCGGAGGAGCCGGUGGGGGCGCCGAAGAGGGCGCUCAGCUACAGCCCAUCACGGAGCCCGGCGAGCGCGAGGCUCUACGGGACGCCGUCCGGGCGGCAGCAGAGAUCGUCGCCGGCCGCCAAGAAGCCGCCGGAGCCGCUCCGGCGGGCCGUCGCCGACUGCCUCUCCCCCUCAACUUCGAACCUUCUCCAUGGGAACCCUUCUGCCGUCGCCUCCGAGGCGGCCAGGACUCUCCGGGAUUAUAUAGCUUCCCCAUCAACCACUGAUAUGGCUUACAGUGUACUUGUAGAACAUACACUUGCAGAGAGAGAUCGCAGCCCAGCCGUAGUGCCAAGGUGCGUGGCAUUAUUAAAACGAUAUCUUCUUCGGUAUGUACCAAAGGUGCCGACAUUGAGGCAGAUUGAUCUGUUCUGUGCAAACUCAAUUGCCGAGUGUGAAUCUGUGACCAAUCGAAGAGUAUCAUUGUGGUCCAAAUCAUUAAGUCAACAUUCUGGAAUAUCAGCAGUAGCAUCAAAUGCUGUUGUCCCUUCCCUGCCAGUGUCCAAUUUUGCAUCUGCUUCACUUGUAAAGUCCUUGCAUUAUGUUCGUUCUCUGGUGGCACGACAUAUUCCUAAACUGUCAUUUCAACCACUAGCGCAAUCUGGUGCCUCAACUUCUGCAAAGCACUCUCUUCCAACUCUAUCAUCUUUGUUAAGUAGAUCGUUUACAUCUCAACUAAGUCCAGAAGUUAUUAGCAAUAGGGACUCUCUUGAGUCGAGAGAAGGUUCUAGUCCAUCUGCUUCUGGAUUAUCAAGUCUAGAAAAAGUUGAUGGAGGAGAGAAUAAUAAGUAUAUAUUCUUUGACCUCCUCAAAUGCCGAUGGCCUGGGGAUAGAGAAGACCAAAUAUCUUUCACAAGAGAAAGUAAUGGUCUUAUGAUGCCCCAAGAUGUCUGUACUCAUAGUUUCCUAGAAGUUGGUGCUGCAGCUCUUCUGGUGGGGGACAUGGAGGCGAGAAUGAAGGAAAAGGCGUGGAAUUACUCUGCAACACAAGAUUUACUUGACAUUGACCUGUUGCAACCUUCGACAGCCACUGCAGCUACUAAUUUUGCAUCAUCUCAUAGCCAUCUAAAAGCCAUAACUGCAUCAAAACGCAUGAAACCAGCUCCUCAUCAAGUUUGGAAGGAAGUCCCAGCAAGCACAUUCCAUCCCCGAGCCCGCCCUCUUUUUCAGUAUAAACACUACAGUGAGCAGCAACCUUUGAGGCUGAAUCCUGCUGAAAUUUGCGAAGUCAUAGCUGAAGUUUGCUCAGAGUCCUCUUCACCAUAUGUGAAUCAGUUGAAUGCCUCAUCGCAAUUAACUAAGCAGAGUGGGCAGCCUGCCACGGAUGUUGCUGUCAGUGUGCUCAUCAAACUUGUUAUUGACAUGUAUGUGAUGGAUCCUGGAAUUGCUGCCCCGCUAACUCUUUAUAUGUUAGAGGGUAUGCUUAGCUCUCAGAGAAUUGCUUCUAGGAUCCGGGCUUUUGAUUUAAUUUUAAACCUUGGUGUCCAUGCACAAUUACUGGAGCCUAUGUUACAUGAAGAUCCUCCACCAAUUGAUGAAGCUGAACCUUUACAAGAGCCUCCUUUGACCAUUGAAGAACAACGGGGGACACAGGGAAAGAUGGCUACAGAGUCCAAUAUGCAGCGGAGGAUGGCUUCAGCUGUUGAUAAUUUUGAGUCAUGGCUUUUGGCCAUAUUAUUUGAGAUUCUUCGCCUUCUUGUUCAGACAGAAGAAAGGGAAGAAAUUGUAUGGGCAUCUGCUCUAAGCUGUCUAUUUUACUUUGUUUGUGAUAGAGGAAAAAUAUUAAGGAGCAGGUUGGAAGGUCUUGACAUAAGGGUUGUUAAGACCCUUGUAGAGAUCAGUGAUGAACAUUCAUGGGCAGAAGUAGUUCAUUGCAAGCUCAUCUGCAUGUUGGCAAACAUGUUCUAUCAAACUCCAAAUGGAGCUAUGCAAGCUUCUUCAGUUACUCCAACUUUUUUUGCUGAACAAGUUGAUCAUCUUGGCGGAAUUGACUUCAUAUGUCUUGAGUACUCACGGGCCAACUCAAGGGAAGAAAAGCGCGAUUUAUUUCUGGUUCUCUUUGACUAUGUUGUGCAUCAGAUAAAUGAAGCUUGUUUGGCUGGUGGAAAUUCUGCCUAUGCCUAUGAUGAGAUUCAACCUGUUGCUUCCAUGCUUACGCUUGCAGAUGCACCUGAAGCCUUUUAUAUUGCUGUUAAGCAUGGCGUGGAAGGCAUUGGAGAGAUUUUGAAAAGAUCUAUCUCUGCAGCCUUAUCAAACUCACCGAACUAUGAACGCCAAAAUUUGCUCUUGGACAAGAUCACAAAGAAACUUGAUGCAACUAUAGGCACAUUCACCAGAUUGGAUAAUGAAUUUUUGUAUAUGAUUCGAAUAACAAAAUCUUACAAGUCCAUUAAGAGUAUUGAGAAUGGACUUGGAGAAGCUGAUAUUGGUACAAAAGCUAGACUUUCUUGGGCUACUUUACACUCACUUCUUCACUCAGAUAGAUAUGCUUACCGCCAUCAUGGGUAUAUAUGUCUAGUCGAAUUGCUUCUUUCAGAAAUCAGUGAGGAUAAUGAUAGGAGUAUAUGGUCAAACAUUAGAAAAUUGCAGCAGCAAAUUGGUGUCACUGGCAAUCAAGAUUCAACUUGUCCAGAAGUUCCACUGCCUAUCUCUAUAACGUGUGGGCUUUUGAAGUCAAAACACAACUUUAUCAGAUGGGGCUUUCUUUAUGUUUUGGAGAAACUUCUCAUGCGAUGCAAAUUAUUGCUUGAUGAAAGUGAGAUGCAGCAUGUAAACCAUGAAGGUGUUGAUUGUAGUGAAAACCGUUUGGACAAAGCAAAUGCAGUUAUAGACAUAAUGACCACUGCUUUAUCACUGGUGGUUCAAAUUAAUGAGACUGACUAUAUCAACAUCUUGAAGAUGUGUGACAUGUUAUUUUCUCAGUUAUGUCUGAGGCUUCAAACUGCAAAUGAAAUGCCUUCUGGGAAUCUUAAAAGCCUCAGCCAUCUUUUUGGGUGUACAACUGAAAUUUGCAAAGGUGACAUGGAAGCUCGUGUGUCACAAGAAACACUUCAGAAUAAUGAUUGCAAAGAUGAGCUGCCACAAAAUGUUAGCACCAGUCAGGGCACUGGUCAAGACACUCCAAUAUGUAAGACAGCAUCAAUGGCAGCAUUGCUUUUGCGAGGACAAGCUAUAGCUCCUAUGCAGCUAGUGGCUCGUGUUCCAACAUCAUUGUUCUACUGGCCCUUAAUACAACUUGCUGGUGCAGUGACUGAUGAUAUUGCACUAGGUGUUGCUGUUGGCAGCAAAGGAAGAGGGAAUCUACCUGGCGCUACAUCAGAUAUACGGGCUGCUCUUCUUUUACUUUUAAUUGGUAAAUGCAUUGCUGAUCAAGAAGCUUUUCUAGAAGUUGAAGGCAAGGAGUUUUUCAGAGGACUUUUAGAUGAUACAGACUCAAGGGUAGCAUAUUACUCUGCUGCUUUUCUGUUGAAAAGAAUGAUGACAGAGGAGCCCGAGAAUUACCAACGCAUGCUUCAAAGCCUCAUUAUUAAAGCACAACAGUGCAACAAUGAAAAACUCCUGGAGAAUCCUUACCUCCAAAUGCGUGGAAUAUUACAGCUGUCAAAUGAUCUUGGAACUAAAUUAUAAAGUUAGAAGAUUAUAUCAAAUUUGGUUGUGUCAAUGGACAUCAACCAUCGGGGAAUGUCUGGUGGGACUUGAUGCUCUUUACCCUACUAGUGUUUCUAAAAGAUCCAAGUUGACAUAUCUGGAUUGAACUCGCCACCAGUGCUACCAUGAGGUGUUUGAACAAAGCUUGUAAUUGAGCAUUUUACCUGGAUAAAUAUUAACCGCAGAGGCAUGCGAUGUACAGGGGACCUUUUGAGUUACUUCCUUCAUUUAAUUGAUUUAAAUUAUUUUUCUUCUGCCAGUCACCAUCAGAAAAGGGGCGUUUUCUUGUUCACCAUUCAGAUAAUAGCCUCCAGCAUUUGAAGAUGGGAUUCCACCACAUGGGAAACAACGUUUUGGCCAUUAAUUUUUGUAAUUGUAUCUGUAGUACCGAGGUUCAUGCAGUUUUUUUGUGAGGCAUCCUUGGGUCGUAAAAAUUUUGUGUUUCAGUAGAAGACCAACAUCAUGAGAGCAAGCUCUGAUCCUGUAUAAUGUUUGAUUGUAAUUACUAUUUGGAGGCAGCUUAUCUAUUGUUGAUCCAUUGUUCUAGAUCCUAAGUGUAAAUGUUUGAGGUGUGUCAAAGAAUUUUGGUUAGUUUAUGUUACUUCUCUUCAUUUUGUUUGUAUUGUUUUGUGUCAUUGUAGGAUUUCCCAGUGUUGUAAAAUCGUGUAUUGAAAAGUUUUGCUCCAUAUAAAAUAAUAAGUUCGUGUGCUUUUAUUUACUUUA